AUGGAUUCUUUAUCUUUGUUUAAGAAGAAAUAACAAUAAGAGAUAUAAUAAGCUCUAGCAUAUGAAAGACACAUCCGAGAAAAAGAACUACAAAAAAGUUAACUUGUGUUAAGAUCUUGUGAAAGGAUGUAAUUGAUUACUGAUAGAUAACUACAGAAAUUAAAAUAGAGCCAAAUGUCUGUUGUGAAGCACCAAUAAAAUGAGCAUAGAUUUAAAUCAUAGGAAAGUGAUACUAUUCGUACAAGACCUAAAAUAGAGCUAGAGCAGGAAGCAUAUGAGAGGUGGAUUUCCAAUCAAAAAAGGCAAUUAAAAAGAAUAGAAACAGAAAAAUUGAAGAAAUUUGAGUCAAAGAUUGAAAGAGCAGAAAAAAUUAAGAUCAUGAAAGAAUAAGAACAUAAAGACAAAUAAAAAUUGCGCAUUGAAACAACAAUUUAAAAGGAAUAGAUUCACAAUGAAUACACACAUAGACUUCAUAAAUUACAAAAAAAAGUGUACGCAAAUCAAAUAAAGUUUGUUUGA